CUCCACCGACAUCAUCGGCCAUCAGCUCGAUCGCUGAUCGACGCCAUGGAUCCCAACGCUGUGCGCAUCCAGAUGCCUACUACAGCAAGCCAAGAAGAAGAACCCUCCUCUACUCAGGAUGCUACGAAGAAGAAGCAGAAGCCGCCGCCACAGCAGACCGCCGCCACGCCUGGAGCGCCGGCGCCGCCUGUGCGGCCGGCGGCCCUGUCAUGCGCUUCUUCGGACCUCCUGAAGCUCCUGCCGACGGGCACCGUGCUGGCAUUCCAGGCGCUGGCGCCAUCCUUCAGCAACCACGGCGUGUGCCACGAGGCGAACCGGUACCUGGUGCUGUCGCUCGUCGGCGCCUGCACCGCCUCGUGCGUGCUCCUCUCCUUCACCGACAGCCUCGUCGGCCGCGACGGCAAGCUCUACCACGGCGCCGCCACCUUCGGGGGCUUCUACCCGUUCAACUACGCGGGGACACGCGAGGAGCGGGAGGCGACGUUCAAGGAUCUCUCCCGGUUCCGGAUCACGGCGCUGGACUUGGUGCACGCCUUCUUCUCGGCGCUCGUGUUCCUCGCCGUGGCGUUCGCCGACGCCAGCAUCCAGGGGUGCCUCUUCCCGGACGCCGGGCCGGAUGUGAGGCAGCUGCUGGUGAACCUGCCACUCGGGGCGGGGUUCCUGUCGAGCAUGGUGUUCAUCAUCUUCCCCACCACCAGGAAGAGCAUCGGGUACACGGACAUGACGCCACACGCGCAGUGAAACACGCACGUCGUCGUCUCGAUCUAGCUCGCGACGCUAGCUGCUUAAUUAAUUUGGAGGAAUAAGCAUUAGGUGUACGUGUAUUACUUAAUUAUUAUUAUUUGUACGUGCGGCACUUCAAUGUGUAGCAAAUUGACUGAAACUGAUCACCUCAAAUGCGAAAA